GCUUGAAAGCCUAGUGUUCCAGCUGACCCUGAGCAGAAUUCUUAAUGCCACGUGGUUCCAAUCAGAGCCUCCAGAAACUUAUCCCGCAUCUCUAAUCUAAUCUUCCGAUCACACACUUUCCACAUCCAAUAUCCAAAACCAGCCAUUAUCUUUCACAGAUCACUAAGGAACACCUAUCACACACUCCCCACACUUCAUUCAAAACACAAAGAAAGAACAAAAGAGAACACAAAGACUGAGACUUGAGGUUGAACAAUGGCCUCCACAACAUGCUUCUUGCACCACCAUGUACUCUCCACCCCAACUAGAUCUUCAACACAGCGUUAUGUGGCAGCCACCAAGCCCAAUCAGCUAAUCUGCCGUGCCGCCCUGAAGCAGGCGGUGCAACAAGAUGACGGCAAUGUUGCUGUCUCUCGUAGGUUGGCUCUCAGGGUUCUUAUUGGUGCAGCAGCCAUUGGCUCUAAGGUUUCACCCGCCGAUGCAGCUUACGGAGAAGCUGCCAAUAUUUUUGGGAAGCCGAAGACAAAUACGGAUUUCUUGCCUUACAAUGGAGAUGGAUUUAAGCUAUCAAUUCCUGCAAAAUGGAGCAAGAGCAAGGAGGUGGAGUACCCUGGUCAGGUUCUGAGAUACGAAGACAACUUUGAUUCCACUACCAAUGUAUCUGUCAUGGUCACUCCCACCGACAAAAAAUCUAUCACCGACUAUGGUUCCCCUGAGGAAUUCUUCUCUAAGGUGGACUACUUGUUGGGGAAACAAGCUUACUUCGGCAAAACUGAAGCAGAGGGCGGAUUCGAGCCUGAUGUGGUGGCAACAGCUAACAUAUUGGAGACCUCAACUCCGGUUAUCGGGGGGAAACCGUACUACUUCUUGUCUGUUUUGACAAGGACUGCUGAUGGAACUGAAGGUGGCAGGCACCAACUGAUUUCAGCCUCAGUAUCGGACGGGAAGCUUUAUAUCUGCAAGGCACAAGCUGGAGACAAGAGAUGGUUUAAAGGAGCAAGAAAGUAUGUUGAGAGCGCUGCCAGUUCUUUCAGUCUUGCUUAAGCACAUAUGUGGCUUUGUAUGUACGUAGUUUACCUUAAAUAUGAUGUCUGGUUGAGUUGUCUAAACUUUCCCCCCAAUGUAUUAGAGCUGUGCAAGUGAUAAGUUGAGGAAGCUAAUGUGGAUAAUCAAUAUUUCUUUGUUUAAUUAUGAGCAUCCUGUUGUUUUGAGUU